AUGAACGGUUCAGAAACAACAGUACUCUGUACAGACUUCCGUAUAGAUACACGUACGGAGGAUAACGUAUGGCUCGGAGGCGCCGACCCAGCAGCACAAUACAGCCCAUACACCGGAGCCCCCUCCCUCGAAGAGGAACAAAACACAGACGCCGACAAAGAAGUCUACCGGCGAGGAAAUAGAGUUCCGCAGUCCGUCACAGGCAUCAGUUCACUACAUUUCUACUCGCAUGCGAGGCUUGAUAUUGGUCCGUUCCCCCCGGCUGCUAUCACAGGCGAUCCAGAGAAGAAGCAGAGCCUGCCCACCUCCCAAGUGUCCCGGCCAAUGGGUAGGGAGGGGUCUGGCAGUCCUCAGAAGUGGGAAAUGCAAUUAAGCGCCGGCGCUAUUCCUUGCCGGGAGAGCGGGACCCUCGCAUGCCGGCCACGAUAA